CUUAGCUUCGGUAACAAUGAAAGUAUUUGUGGUGUUAGCAUUAGCGUUGGCUUGCGUUUCAGCAGCCUCAAUUCCGGAAACUGCAGUUUUUCUAAAAGACUUAAAAGCCGAUAAUGUUAUCGAAGGUCGUAUAACUAAUGGACAUGAAGCUUCUCCGGGACAAUUUCCUUACCAAGCUGGAUUAUCACUUAAUGGAGACUAUGGCUCAUUUUGGUGCGGUGGUUCUUUAAUUGGCAAAGAAUGGGUGUUGACUGCUGCUCAUUGUACGGAUGGAGUUAGAUCUAUUACCGUAUAUUUGGGAAGCACUUCUCGUGCUGUUGCCAAAAUUACUUACUCCGUUGAUUAUAAUUCCAUUUUUCAACAUAGAGACUAUGAUCCUUUUACUUUCAACAAUGAUAUUACUUUAAUCAAAAUUCCUGCAGUGACCUUUACCGAUGAAAUUCAACCCAUUAGGCUACCAGCUAUUUCUGAAACAUAUCCAACUUAUGAUGGUACAUGGCCCACCGCCUCCGGUUGGGGUAAAAUUGAAGAUGCUGGAUGGGUUGUAUGGGGAUUGAAAUAUGUUCAACUUGAAGUCAUUAGUAAUGCUGAGUGUGCUCAGACCUAUGGUCCUAUGAUUACAGACGCAAUACUUUGCGUUUCAACUCCUGACGGCACUUCCACUUGCCAGGGUGAUUCUGGUGGUCCUUUAGCUUUGGGCUCUGAGCUUAUUGGUGUAACAUCUUUUGUUUCAUCCGGUGGCUGCGAAUCUGGAUAUCCAUCUGGAUUUGCUCGUGUAACCACUUACUUAGAAUGGAUCAAGUCCCUCACAGGCAUUUCAUAUUAAUGUGUACAAUUAUGGAUUUAAAAAUAGAAUGAAAUAAAAGAAAUUACUUUAUUAAAGUUAA